AUGGGGUCCAAGAGAGUUGCCGAUGAUGCUGGCAAUGCCGUUGCAGAACCAGACAAGAAGAAGAGGAAAGGUUUCUCGGUUGGACCAGCCAAUCUGCCAGAUGGCACAUACCGCCGCAAGACACAAAAGAUUAAGCGCGACCUGAUUCAGAAAGCCAAGGUUAAGAAGGCCUAUGCCAAAAUAAAGGCCCAAGAAGAAGCCACCGAGCCCACCCCUUCAUUCACUGCAGCUGGCAACGACGGAGACACAGACAGAAUAGACCAACCUCCUGCAAGCCUUGAACUCCAUCCUGACCGGCAGGCUAUGCUUGCGGCUCCCGCGACCAACCAAGACGAGGAGAAUCGGCCGAGAGAAAAUCGCUCGUGGCGCAACCCCAGAGAAUCCGACCAUCAGGCCAAGCAACGCCGACCCAAGGAAUCACGAUAUAAGAAGGAGAUGGAACUAGCGGCUCAACAUAGGCUACAAAUCGAGGCGAAGCGCAAAGCCCGGGAGGCUCGAGAACAAGAACGCAGGGCCAUGACCAAGGCCAAACGACCAGGAAAGGAUGGAAAGCCAAAGCUGGGAAAGCAGGGUAAUGUCCUGCUCAGCCGCAUACGACGAAUGACCGAGGAAGGAAAGAUAUGA